CGAAGAAAACUUUGCAUUCUUUUUGCGGUGUUUUAAAUAAAGCCGAGAAGAAAGUAGAGAGCAGGGAAGAUCAACAGAAGACGGAUAGAAGUAGAAAUCCAAGAUGAGCAGCAUAGGAACUGGUUACGAUCUCUCCGUCACUACUUUCUCUCCAGAUGGCCGUGUCUUCCAGAUCGAAUACGCCGCCAAAGCCGUUGAUAACAGCGGAACUGUUAUUGGUAUCAAGUGCAAAGAUGGGAUAGUUAUGGGCGUGGAGAAGCUGAUAGCGUCAAAGAUGAUGUUACCUGGUUCCAACCGAAGAAUCCAUUCUGUUCAUCGUCAUACUGGCAUGGCUGUUGCUGGAUUAGCAGCUGAUGGGAGACAAAUUGUUGCCCGUGCUAAAUCUGAAGCAACUAACUAUGAGAGUGUCUAUGGUGAAGCCAUUCCUGUGAAGGAACUCUCUGAGCGAGUUGCAAGUUAUGUUCAUUUGUGCACUCUCUACUGGUGGCUCAGGCCCUUUGGAUGUGGGGUAAUUCUUGGAGGUUAUGAUAGAGAUGGACCUCAAUUGUACAUGGUUGAGCCAUCUGGCAUCUCAUAUAGAUAUUUCGGUGCCGCCAUUGGGAAGGGAAAGCAAGCAGCGAAAACAGAAAUUGAAAAGCUUAAACUUUCUGAGAUGACAUGCAGAGAAGGUGUUCUUGAAGUAGCCAAAAUGUGAGUGUUACCUCGUAAUUUUCUCCCAACAUAACGAACAUAUUGUAUGCCUGGCUUUUGAUUCAUCAUCUUUCUCAACUCUUCAGUUUGAUUUAUUGUACUUUUACUUCAGUGCUUUGCUUUCUAGAAAAUGUGGAAAUUUCAGGGAACUUAAUUUUCUUGUCAACAUGUUACUUGUAUGUUUGCUUGUAUUCUGAAAUAUCCUUGAAACUUUCUAACUAAGCCAUAUUCUGGUUGUGAAAUUUUACGAUCAUUCUUUUUUUUUUCUUUUGAAAUAAAAAGUAUAAUAAGAUUCAUUCACAAGCACCAAGGAGGUGCAAACCCCUAUAUAAGAAUAUUUACAUAUCGAUCAAAAUACCAAUAAGGUCCCCAAAAUUCUAAAAAAAUAAAGAAAAUAACCCUUAAUAAAAUAGGGUCUGGAACUAACUAUUUUUAACCCUAUCAAAACCCCCUUCCUUUCCUUCAAAAAACUUUCAUAUUUCUUUCCUGAGUACCCAAAACAUGGCAAGGGGAUAAGGGCGAGAUGCUUCUUCUCAUGUCUGAUUCUUUUCUACGUCCAAAUUUCCUCCCUCACCAAGUCAGUCAUUACCCAAUUAAUGCCCAAGACGCCGUAAGCAAGGGUUGAAAGUCAUAAGCAAAGGGACACCACAUAAGAAUAUGAUGCAUGACUCCACAUCUCUUUUGCACAAGUAACAACCAUUCACCAGAAUUUUUCCUGUUCUAAUAAGCUUAUCAACAAAGUUAGAAUGCACCCUCUAAUUGCCUCCCGUGCCAAAAAAAAAAAAAAAGACAAUUCUAGGCGAAACAUUAACCUUCCAAAUUUGCUUGAAGAGAAAGUCUUUAACCGUGAUCUCUCUUCUUGUCAGGUAAUUGUAAAAAAUCUAAUAGAGAAAAUCCCACUAGUCGGCUUCAAAUGGGUCAGUCUUCUGUGUCGUCAGGCCUAGCCUCGGCAAGUGUAAGUAGUAAGGCUUUAUACUCCCCAACUUCCCAUUCAUUUAGAUUCCUUAUGACCUCCACAAAA